UCGUAUGUUGAGGAAAAUAGACGGAAAAAAUGGCGUGCAGGAGCAUGCUUCGUUCAUCGAUUCUGGUGGAACCCUUCCAAUUGCAACCUCUUCAUUUUAGUAACAGACCCGUUAGGGCUUAUCCGUUUCGCCGUGGCAAAGGACUAACCCUCCGUUGCUCCAGCAACGAGACGCCGUCGUUUCAGGACGAUCAGGGUCCACCUCAAGAGGCCGUGUUGAAGGCCAUUUCCGAGGUGUCUAAGGCAGAAGGGAGGGUUGGGCAAACAACAAACAUGGUUAUUGGAGGCACCGUGUCGGAUGAUUCUUCUAAUGAAUGGCUUACUUUGGACCAGAAGGUGAACUCAUACCCAACUGUUCGGGGAUUCACUGCAAUAGGAACUGGAGGGGAGGACUUCGUUCAAGCCAUGGUUGUUGCUGUGGAAUCCGUAAUCCAGCAGCCCAUUCCUCAGGGACGUGUGAAGCAGAAGUUAUCAGCAAGGGGCAAAUAUGUAUCUGUAAACAUUGGCCCUGUCCAAGUUGUAUCCAGUGAACAGGUCCAAGCUGUAUAUAAUGCCAUGAGGAGGGAUGACAGGAUGAAAUAUUUUUUGUAGUCUGUUAGAUUUUGUAUAGAAUACAGUAUUACCAAGGGAUGAAUUAACGCGUAUGCCUUCGAGUGGUUAGGCUGAUUUUGUUCUUUGAUUAAUCCAUUAUGUCAUUGCAGUCAGAUGUAAUCCUGAUGCAAAUUGGAUCUCUUCCGUAUUUUGCGAAGAUGUAUGUAAUUAGUAUGAUUUGUUACCCAUAGUUAUAACAUUAUAAGCAUUAUAUUCUAGUGUUUGGAGUUGAAGGGGGUUGGUUAGUCGUAGUUUGGUGCCUUGACUGCAUAUUAGUUUAGUUUAAUUUUUGUACGCGUUAUUGAGUGUACGAAACAAUUGGAAAAUGACAGGUGAUACUGAUACACGCUAUGAAAUAUCUAUACUUUGAUGAGA